UGUUCUUGGACAUGAAAGAAGCAGAUGAUGAAGAUAAGAACAGGGAUAAGGGGAAACAAACUCACCAGGGUGAGUUUGUGCGUCCAUGGAUCCAUCUGCAACUCCUUUCUUUUUCAAUUCUCCUGAUCUUGUUCCCUUCUUCUUUUUGGAUAUGAAAACCUUCUUAUUUCUUCUUCUCCCUUUGUUUUUCUGCAGCAAUCUUGGAGCAGUAUGGAAAUUUCCCGAUGGGCACGCAGGUUUGUCUCUGAGAUAACUUCAUGGGAGGAAAACUCCAUCUUUGUCUCACAUGUUGUUCAAAGUUUCUCUGAAGAAAAAAAUGAAGAAGAAAAUUGUAGUAUAUUAGAAGCAUGUAGUAUACUAGAAGCAUGGGUAUUCAGUGGUUUGAUGACAUAAAGGAUAAUAAUUUCCAUGCUGCUACUAUUUUUGUGUAUGUCCAACACACAUACAGUUCAGGACACACUGAAAAAAACAUGUAGUGCGCUUGUUUGUGGACAGAGAAAAGGUUGUAUGCUUGUUUUGGACAGAGAAGUUGAAAAUUUGCUGUUGUUGUUGACACUUUUUGAAUAUGAUAAACUAAUGAACAUGGUUCUUUGCAUGAGACAAAAAAAGAUGCUGUACAGUUCCCUACAGAAACAUGUAUAUGAGCUGUUUUGAUUUCAUGUUUCAGGGCAAAAAAACAGAAUACAUGCCCCCUCCCAUGAUUACCCCAGUACAAAUACAGUGAAAACUGAACUUUUUUUCAAGAUCUGCUAUAGUGGGUUGUACAAGAAAAAGCAUAUAAAAGCAUACAUGCCCCUGCCCCUCUGGAUCUAUACAGAAAGAUGGAAAUGUACAGUGUAUGUAACAUCUUGUUUGCUGACUACAGAAGAUAGAAAAUGUAUACCUCACAAUUAAUGAUUCCUCUUCAUUUUGUAGGUGCCGGGUGAAACUAUGGCACAAGGAACUCCAAUCAGCCGUGGACCAGUCCCAGUUGAUCCAGUAACAUCGGUUCAUCCAUACGUUGGUGCCCAAUAUGUGCAGCAGCAACAAGCUGGGACGCGACUGGCAUUUCAAACAUCUUCAAGUCCAUUUGCAACGCGUGUACGUGCUUUCAUGAAAAAAAAUGAUAGCUUGUGCCCUCUUCAAGUCAUGUGCUUUUUCAUGAAAAAACUUGUUCUUCUGCUAUGUUGCAGACACUUAUAACUCUGAAGAACAUAAAAAGAGAAAAAGAAAGUAACUUACACUAUUACCAAAUUCUAACAUGCAAAAAGGGGAAAAUAAUGCAGGAAAUGAAUUUCCUUGGAAGUGGUUACAUGAGCUACACACAAUUGUUGAUGGUUGCUGAUCAAGAGGUACUAUAAAGUGCCUUUAUAUUGUUGACUUUGACAUGUAUGUUGAAAAAUGUCAACAAAUAAAAUAUAAAACUACAUAACAUGUUUGUGGUCACAGGCUAGUAUUGGUGGAUCUCAACAUUCUGGUCAACAACAAGAUUCUGGUGGCAGGGGGUUUUGUGAGGUAUGAUUUCAUUUACAUAUGUACAUAUCCGACUGCCCUUUCCCCCAUGUGUGAAAGAAAAAAUAACAAAAAAAAUAUGCUUACUCUCUUAUACUUGUUGUUGCUGAUACAGAAUGACGCAUACAUGAUAACUGAGCGGUAUGGGCGUUUGCAAGGACAAGAUGAGGGGGGACAGCCAACAGGGAGGCAGCAAGCGGGGAAUGUAGAUGUGGGGGCAGAAGGUUUCCCUAGCUGGAGCUGGGAUGACAACACAGCUGAAGGGCACCAAGGUUGUAGCUACCAGCCUAGAUAAAGAGAACAAGACAGCGAUGAUGGUGAUUUUGACUUUGAUGAAGGUGAGGAUGACUUGGAUGAUGAUUUGGAUGAUGAUAUGGAUGAUGAAGUUGCUGCUUGUACAAGCCAUGUACCUAGUUUCCCUGAUGACAUGAGUCUUGAUGGUGGUUUGGGUGAUGAUUCAGCAGCUGCUGGCUCCAGCCAUGGCCCUAGUUUCACGGAUGGCAUGAGCUUCGAUGAUGUUUCAGACAAUGGUAAACAAGCAGACGCACAUGGAAAAAACAAGAAUGUCUGUGAUUGUGAUGAUCAACAGGAAGGCGGGCCAGUGCAACAAGAAAAUGUUGAACACCUGUCACAGGAGGACAUACUCAUUUUCAUACAAAAUGACAGUGUCUGUGCGGCUCAGGCUCAGACUUGCAGCCAAGAAGUACGGAGCCACCAUGUGCCAUAUGUGGGCAUGGUCUUUGAUUCUUGUGAUGCUGCCCAUGCAUUCUACAAUGAGUAUGCAGCCAUUUGUGGUUUUGCAAUCAAGAAAGCAGGCAACUACCAUGCAACUAAACCUGGUGGCAAGGCAGUGUCCCGUUACACUUACAGGUGCAACCGCUCGGGUAAAGUUGUUGGCAAGGAUGUGCUUGAAGAAAGGAAAAAACAGAGGCAGCUCAAGAAGCAAGAAAAAACAGGGAUUCCCCCACCUGAGAAGGCAAAAAGGAAGAGGAAAAACUUCAUACAAAUAACCGGGUGCCAGGCUAAAAUGAUUGCAACACUAAAAGGAGACAAAUGGGUUGUCACGAGUGUUGACCUGGAGCACAACCACACACUUAGCCCUCCAGACGAGAGCAAGUAUCUCAGAUCGCACAAGAAGAUGACAGAGGAAGAGAAGUUGUUUAUCAGGACAUUUAACUCUGUACAAAUGCCCACUAGGAAGAUUAUGGCCAUUCUUUCUUACCUGCGAGGGGGUGAUGCACCAUACACUAAGAAAUAUGUUAGCAAUGUGAGGACAGCAAUAAACAGAGAGAAUGGCAAGGGAGAUAUGUUGCAGGUCCUUGAGUACUUUAGGAACAAACAAAAGGAAGAUCCAAAUUUCUACUAUGCAUUCAAAGUUGCUGACGAGGACAUCAAUAAGGUGUUGUGCAUAUUCUGGGCGGAUGGCUACUCGAGAAAAAUGUAUGAGCUGUAUGGUGAUUGUUUGAGUUUCGACACGACAUACAAGACAAACCGUUACAAUAUGCCGUUUGCACCGUUUGUUGGCAUCACUGGACACGGGCUCAACUGCUUGUUUGCUUGUGCUAUAGUGCAUAACGAGACGGUGGACACAUUUGAAUGGCUUUUCGACACAUUUCUGGACUGCAUGCGUCGAAAAGCUCCUCUCACGGUCAUUACUGACCAAGAUGUGGCAAUGAAGACCGCGGUUCCUGCUGUUUUCAAGGGUGUUGUUCAUAGGUGUUGUCUCUUCCACAUAAUGAAAAAGGUUCGGGAAAGAUGUGUGAGAACCUUUUCAACACAACCAGACUUGUAUGCUGACUUCAGCGACAUCAUGCAUAACUGCCUGACAGAGGCAGAGUUUGAGACGUUGUGGCCACCGAUGACGGAGAAGUAUGGAGUAGAGAAUGUCAAGUACUUCAGGUACAUGUGGAAGUAUAGGGAGUUGUUUGUCCCAGUCUAUUUCAAGAAAAGCUUCUUCCCUUUCAUCCACUCGACUGCCCGGAGUGAAGGGACAAAUGCCAUAUUCAAGGACAAUGUAGGCUCAACAUUCAGUGUGAUUACCUUUUUGCGUGAGUAUGAGCGGAUAUUGAAAGCGAUGCAGGAGAAUGAGAAGGAACAAGACUCUAUUACCAGAACAACAAAGCCAACCUACUGGCUGGGCACUGAACUGGAAUUGCAGGCUGCAGAGAAGUACAACAGAGCGAUAUUCUACAUAUUUCAGAAAGUUAUAAAGUUUGCAAGCCAGUUGCAUGUGGAGGAGGUUGAGAAAAACACAAGGUACGAGGUGUACAAGAAAGAUUUUAGAAUCCGGAGAUAUGUUGUCAUUGUUGAUAUGCACAGAGAGGAUUUUGCUUGCAUUUGUGGAAAGUUUGAAAAAGAUGGCGUUGUGUGCAGCCACAUACUUAGGGUAUUAACACACCUCAACUUGCCGGUGCUACCCGAGAAGUACUACAUUGACAGAUGGAGACCCAAGCAAAGAAAAGACAUUAGAAAACUCAGGUACGGCGUCCCUGAGGAGCUAACAGCAGGGGACCAUCACCUUAGAUACAUGUUGCUGUCUAGCAGACUGAAUGAAAUGGCUUCGGAUGCUGCGUCAUCCAAUGAAAAAUAUAUGUAUGUGGUUGGUGAAAGUGUGAGGAUUGAGGCAAAGCUAGAUGAGAUGACUUUGGCAGAGGAGCAGCAAAAAAUGCAAGACAAGCAUGUUGAGAGAGCUCCAGCCCCUACUAUGGUCACGCCGCACCCUGAUGGGUACGGGGAAAGUCUAAAGGAUCCUGAUGUUAUUGCUUCGAAGGGGCGUCCACAAGAGCGUUACAAGACAUUUUUGGAGAAAAUACAGGCAAAACAACAAAUUGGUUGCAGUCAUUGUGGUCAGCAUGACCAUGUUUUUGCUUCGUGCACAAACAAACACAUCCCCAGGUCCCAAUUUCACAAGAAGACUACAGUCGGCAAGCAACCAACAGGAGUCCCUGGUGCUUCAAAGGAUAGUAGUAGGAAGAGUCAAACAGGAGGGGGGCCAAAAGCAGGUGACAAACGGAGUGCACAGAAGGAUACUACUAGUGCGCCUAGUGCCUCAAAGGGGAUGCCUAGCAAGAAACAAACAGGAGGGAAGCAAAAAACAGGCGAGAAGCGGAGCGCACGAAAAGAUACUACUGGUGCAUCUUGAAGAAAAAAAGAGUUGAAAGUUCUU